AUGGGGUUCUUGAGUUUUAUUGGACUCAUAGUGGUGUUAAAGUUCCUAGUGUAUUUUGUGUUGUUCUUUACCAGCGACUCCGACCUAGAACUCUGGUUUUAUGACAAGUUCAAGAGAAAUCUAGAUUCGUUUAAAGACAAGGUAGUUUGGAUUACUGGUGCAUCUAGUGGAAUUGGUGAACACAUCGCAUUGAACCUUUCUAAACAUGGCGCCAAACUUGUUUUGUCUGCUAGAAGUAAAGACAAACUAUAUCAAGUUAAAAACCAUUGCAUUGAACUUAGUGAAGGAAAGCUAACUGCUAAUGAUAUACUUGUAUUACCAAUGGAUGUCACCAAUAUAUCUAAACACAGUUCAUUGUUUGAUAAUGUCAUCAGCCAUUUUGGCAAACUUGAUAUCCUUAUAAACAAUGCGGGUCGUUCACAACGAGCUGUGUGGGAAGAUAUUGAACUUGGAGUCGAUCAAGAAUUAUUUGAUUUAAAUGUAUUUCCUGUUAUAAAUUUAUCAAGAAUUGCUGUAAGAUAUUUUAAUCAAGUGGGACGUGGUCAAUUAGUGGCUACGUCUAGUAUUGCAGGAAUUAUACCGGCUCCAUUUUCUGCAACCUAUGAUGCAACUAAACAUGCACUUCAUGGCUAUUUUGGAGCUUUACGUCUAGAAAAAUUGCACACUAAUAUUCAUAUUACGCUCUUAUGCCCGGGUCCCGUUUUCAGCAAUUUUCUUAAAGAAAGCUUUACAGGUCAACCAGGAGAAAAAUAUGGAUUGACCCAUUCGCCAACAGACAACAGAAUGAGUACUGAAAGAUGUGCACAUUUGUCAUGUGUGGCAAUAGCAAAUAAAUUGAAAGAAUCAUGGAUGGCAAAGUUUCCAUUUAUUCUAAUUGUAUAUUUUACAAUAUAUUACCCAGUGAUAUCAUACAAAUUGUAUGAACUCUACGGGUACAAAACCAUUAAUAAGUUGCGAGACAAUCAAUGA